AUGGAUGCUUUGACAACCAUAGAUUUUAACCAACACGUUAUUGUCCGGUUGCCGUCGAAAAAUUACAAGAUAGUGGAACUAAAGCCCAACACUUCUAUAUCAUUGGGGAAAUUCGGUGCUUUCGAAGUUAAUGAUAUAAUUGGUUAUCCAUUUGGUUUGACCUUUGAAAUAUAUUAUGAUGGCGAAGAGGUCUCAUCCGAUGAGAAUAGACAUUCGAAGCCAAAGAACAAAAUUCCCAUCGGCAAAGUAAGGCUAUUGUCGCAGGAGGUUAAAGAUGAUAAUAAUGAUAAAGAUGAUGGUCAAAGUGAGCCUCCGUUAUCUAUUAAGGAAAAAUCAAUGUCCGUUGAAUUGUCUAGCAUUGACAGUAGUGCUACGAAUCAGAAUUUGGUCAACAUGGGUAGCAAAGCUCAAGAACUAACCAUUGAAGAAAUUGAAAAAAUGAAACAAGAAUCUUUAUCUAGUAAAGAAAUAAUCGACAAAAUCAUUAAAUCCCACAAAAGCUUUCAUAACAAGACCGUUUAUUCUCAAGAGAAAUAUGUGAAUAGGAAGAAACAAAAGUUUGCCAAGUACUUCACUGUUGAGUAUUUGAGUAGUUCUAACCUUUUGCAGUUCUUAAUCGAUAAAGGCGAUGUACAAAGAGUAUUGGACAUGUCUCAAGAAUCGAUGGGGAUGCUGCUAAACCUUGCAAACAUUCAGGCUGGCGGGAACUAUCUGUGUAUGGAUGAAACUGGUGGUUUAUUAGUUUAUUUUCUGUUGGAAAGAAUGUUUGGCGGUGACAACCAAAGUAAAUCCAAGGGCAAAGUCGUUGUUAUUCAUGAAAAUGAACAUGCCAAUCUGGACCUGUUAAAGUUUGCUAAUUAUUCUGAAAAAUUUAUUAAAGAGCAUGUGCACACCAUAUCCCUAUUAGAUUUUUUUGAACCACCUACACUGGAGGAGAUUCAGGAAAGAUUUACACCGUUACCUAAAGAAGAAGCCCGUGCAUUAAAAGGUGGUAGGAAAAACUCGUAUUACCGGAAACUCAGGUGGUAUAAUACACAAUUUCAAAUUUUAGAAUUAACUGGAGACUUCCUAUAUGAUGGUCUUGUAAUGGCUACUACAUUACAUUUACCAACAGUGGUGCCGAAGUUAGCUGAAAAGAUCCAUGGUUCAAGACCGAUUGUAUGCUAUGGUCAAUUUAAAGAAACUUUGCUAGAACUGGCCCAUACUUUAUAUUCAGAUCUAAGGUUUUUAGCGCCAUCCAUUUUGGAGACCAGAUGCAGGCCGUACCAAAGUAUACGGGGUAAGCUACAUCCUCUGAUGACCAUGAAGGGUGGUGGUGGAUAUCUAAUGUGGUGCCACAGGGUCAUACCUGCGCCUGAACCCGUAUUGGAAGCUGUGACUGAAGUUGAGUCCAAUAACAAGCUAGCUGAGCACGGCGCUAAGAAGCAAAAAAUAUAG